GCUGCCUCUCCCGGGCAUCUGAAUGGGAUGGCUCCCACAGGACCUGCUCCCACUGAUCAUUAUUGUCUAUGAAUAGCUGCUGCAAUGCAGAUGGGAGGAAAGAGAGGGAGAAGGACAGGUAGAUGGGGAAAGGAGUAUAGCUAUGGAAGUAGAGCAGGGGUUUGUGAAGAAAAAAGGGGAAAAGAGUGAUAUGGUGAAGCAAAAGAGCCUGAGAAUUGGGUGGGCAUGUGUGUAUGUGUAAGUGGAGGCAGGGGCACCAAAAGAAAUUUAAUUUUCAAGGACACUCAGGUCCCUCACUGUGGUGAUGUAGCAGAUCUGCUCAUCUGCUUAUUGCAGCCAGUGUUUUGAACAAAGUGUGAUUGUUUGGAGGCAAAGAGAGAGAGAGAGAGCGAGAGAGCGAGAGAGAGAAGCACUGAGAGAAAGGUGUAGGGAGGAGGCAGCGCACAGCCAGGGUUGAAAUGAUGAUGAUAAAGAGGAUGGGUCCUUCGCCUCAUUAAAUUUCAGAGUCUUUGAGGAACAAGUAAUGAUCGCUGUACCCUCGCAAAAAACCCUCAGUGUUCACACACACAUUGACACACUGAAGUGUUUUUCUUCUUUAGGAAGACAUUGCACCUAACCUAACCAAAUCUUCUUCAUGCCUAUACCUCGACCCUAACCAAAAUACUUAAACCUUUGACCCUGAAGAUGGUUGGUUGUAGUUGGUCAUUCAUUUUCCUACUGGUCUACCAACUGACUUAAUCUAAUCAACCACGCGACAAACAACGCCUUCUGACACACACACACACACACACACACACAUAUGCAGACUCUGGUUUGUUAUCAAGUGGUUGUCUGGCCUGCUGAAUAAUGAUGAUGAUGAUGAUGAGGAUGAUGAUGAUUAUGAUAAUGAUGAUAACAAUAGCAAUCACUCCUCUCUGCUUUACAAAAUGCAUGUGGUCUGCUCUGCUAUAUUUGGCAGGACUGUGACAUUAAUUUGUCUUUGUGGAAAAAUGUUUGUGGUUUGGUUUGUGCCUGAAACGUCUUUGGCGCUGACGUUAAAACUCGGAGUAGACCUCCCUCUCUCCUGUCUAUUCUCCCUCUCUCUCCCCGUGUCCUUAUAUCCGCUAUGUUCCGCUCACUCGCUCCAGUCGCGGUUACCGGGCGCGCGGUUGCCAGGAGAGACGCGCGAGCGCCCCAUCGCGCAGCCCUAACGGCAGAGCGGCACGAGCUCCCCCCCGCCCCGCCAUUUCCUCGUGUCGAGCCCUGGAAUGUCGAGCGGCGGCUCGGGCUCUUCCUCGCGGAAGGAGUUCGACGUGAAGCAGAUCCUCAGGAUCCGAUGGAGGUGGUUCGGCCACCCCGCGGUCCCUCCGCCUCUCUCCCCGCCGCUAGGAGACUACUUCGCCGGAAGGAGAGCGGGCGGCAGCAGCGGCGGCUCCGCCGGAGAGGGACAGUCGGUUAGCGGCGGUGGCAGCUCGAAUUCGGCCAGCGUAACCCCCGGCGCGGGCGGCCACAGCGGUCUGGUGGCGAGCGGCAGCGCCGGGUCGAACCUGUGCAGCGGCAGCAGCAGAAAGUUUGCCGAUCCGGCGGGGAGUCGGGGCGGUGCGGGAGGGGCGACGGGGAGCUCCUGUCCCCGCUCCUUCAGCCAGCCGGAGUGCAGGAGCUCCGCGGCGGCGUUGUCGUGGGUCUCUCCGCCGCCCCAUCGUCGCUCUCGCCCGCUGAAGAGCAUGGACACUCCCGGCGAGGGUCCGGUGCCCCAGCUGGUGCCCGAACCCUCCGCUCAGGUCGGUGAGGAGGCGGCGGCGGCGGCGGCGGCUGGGGGGGCGGGGGCGGGGGGCACCGAGGAGAACAACAACCACCCGGAAACAGACUCCAGCUCCUGCAGGACAUCGAACAGCAGCGCCACACUGUCCUCAUGCCAGUCGAUGGAGCCAUGUGCGUGUCCAGAGGAGUCCAUGUUCACUGCCAUUUCCCACGCCGACGUCACCUGCCGCAAGAUGGAGGGCUACCUGAGGAGCCGACAGCUAUGUGAUGUCAUACUGGUUGCCGGAGAGAGGCGGAUACCUGCACACAGACUGGUCCUCUCAUCCGUAUCCGACUACUUUGCCGCCAUGUUCACCAGUGACGUGCGGGAGGCCAAGCAGGAUGAGGUGAAGAUGGAAGGAGUAGACCCUGACGCAUUGUGGGUCUUGGUGCAGUAUGCAUAUACAGGCCGCCUUGAGUUGCGGGAGGACACCAUCGAGUCUCUGCUGUCAGCCUCUUGCCUUCUGCAGUUGUCGCCUGUGAUUCAGGCCUGCUGCUCCUUCCUCAUGAAGCAGCUCCACCCCUCUAACUGUCUGGGCAUUUGCUCCUACGCUGACGCUCAGGGAUGCCACGACCUGCAGAGGGCUGCUAACGCCUACACCAUGGAUCACUUUUUGGAGGUGGUGGGAGGCCAGGAGUUCUUGCUGCUCCCGGUGGAGGAGAUGGAGAGGCUGCUCACCUCUGAUGAGAUCAACGUGUCCAAUGAAGAAACCGUGGUAACCUCUUUGCUAACGUGGGUCCGUCAUGAUACCGACACUCGGCAACCCCUCCUGCCUUUGCUGUUAGCUCACAUCCGACUGCCGCUGCUGCAGCCGCAGUUCUUGGCAGACCUGGAGUCCAACCCUCUGCUCCGGGACAGUGUGGAGUGCCAGCGGCUGCUGAUGGAGGGGAUGAAGUAUCACCUCUUGCCCCAGCACCAGCCCCUGCUUCAGAGCCCUCGCACACGUCCUCGCAAGGCCACCGUAGGGGCCAUGUUCGCGGUGGGUGGCAUGGACGCCACAAAAGGUGCUACCAGUAUCGAGCAGUAUUGUCUGCGUCGGGACACAUGGAGGCAGGUAGCCACCAUGAGUGGACGGAGACUACAGUUUGGUGUAGCUGUUCUCGACGGCCGUCUCUACGUGGUGGGGGGUCGGGAUGGACUCAAGACCCUCAACACUGUGGAGUGUUACAACCCGCACAGCAAAACCUGGAGUGUCAUGCCUCCCAUGUCCACACACAGGCACGGAUUAGGUGUAGCUGUCCUGGAGGGCCCCAUGUACGCAGUUGGAGGACAUGAUGGCUGGAGCUACCUCAGCACAGUGGAAAGGUGGGAUCCUCAAGCUCGACAGUGGAGCUUUGUUGCAAGUAUGGCUACACCCAGAAGCACGGUGGGAGUCGCUGUACUCAAUGGCAAGCUGUAUGCAGUAGGAGGUCGUGAUGGCUCAUCUUGUCUGCGUUCAGUGGAGUGUUUCGACCCUCACACCAACAGGUGGAGCGGUUGUGCUCCUAUGGCUAAACGGCGUGGAGGUGUGGGUGUGGCCACGUGGCAUGGCUUCUUGUAUGCCAUUGGAGGUCACGACGCUCCGGCCUCUUCCCUGGCGUCUCGGUUGAGUGACUGUGUGGAGAGGUAUGACCCUAAGACAGACGUGUGGACGGCAGUAGCCCCCAUGAGCAUCAGCAGAGAUGCUGUUGGUGUUUGCCUCCUUGGCGACCGUCUCUAUGCUGUGGGCGGUUAUGACGGUCAGGUGUACCUCAACACUGUUGAAGCUUACGACCCUCAGACAAAUGAGUGGACACAGGUUGCACCUCUGUGUCUCGGCAGGGCAGGAGCAUGCGUUGUUGCCGUCAGACUGUGAAACACAAACACAAAGAGUUGAUGUUCCCGCGACCUUCCUUUUUGCCACGGCUGACACGGUCGCCACUUAAACCAAGAGAUCCAUCCCCUGCAGAAGAAAAAAAAGAGGCUGAUUAUUUAACAAUUUCCACUUUUUAAUCUCCUCAAAGACUGUCAAUCAUUUAUUUUAGUGUUCAGAAUGUUAAAGGGCAGGUUCAAGUCAAGUCAUGUGUCGGGUUACAGUAAUUGAACAUCCUGAUCACUUCUUCCACAGAAGUGAACUGCCACCGAUACUCACAAUGAAGAGGUAUCUGCAGUGUUAAUCUGAGCAUGACAGAACAGCUGUCUCACAGCAUUUUUUCUUGCCUAUUAUUUUGUUCCUGUAGACAAGAUCACACACACACACACACACACAAACACACACACACACACACACACACACACACACACACACACACACACAAUCCUACAUGGUUGCUUUCAGCUUCUAUUUCUGCUGACAGAAAGGUGAGAGAGACAGAGAGAGAUUGUCAAGAUGGUUGAGAUGCCUCAUCAUUUUAUGCUCUAGGUUUUCCUAACAAUAUAUGAUGGUGUAUUGAUGCUAUUUUAAUAUAUUCCCUAUUAUUUUUAUGCUGCAGUUGGCAACUGCUCUCGUCCCGUUUCUUUCCUUCUCUCGCCUGCUGACAGAUAAAAUAAAGACUUUUGACAUAAUCAGCACAACCCUGUGAACAGCUGUACUGUAAGGAACUGUGGGCCUCUUUAUUUGAUUUUUUUGAAAUCAAAAGCAUAUCAUCAUGCUUUAUGUAAUAUUUAUGUGUUGCAUCAGCUUACAUCAGAAGUGUACAGUAUUCGCUCGUAUGCAAUUUAUCAUAGCUCUUUUUCAAGCUACACUGUCAAAUCUUUAUUUUAUUUUUUUAAAUCAUGUAAUUCUGCCAUUUUUCACAAUUGAGGUCCUCUUUACGGGGUUUGUGGUCCUGAGUAAUAGUAAUAAUAAUAGUCAUAAUGCUGUGGCCCUUUGUUGAUCCCCUUAUGGAAAUUUGUUUUCAAUUUCCUGUAGAGGACAGGGUCAACUAUUUACAGACUUGGUUUGAUACAGGGUCAGUUGAUCUUUUCUGUGUGCCGGCUACCUACUUUUUCCCCCACUAUAGGUGUGUGUGUGUGUGUGUGUGUGUGUGUGUGUGUGUGUGUGUGUGUGUGUGUGUGUGUGUGUGUGUGUGUGUGUGUGUGUGUGUGUGUGUGUGUGUGUGUGUGUGUGUGUGUGUGUGUGUGUGUGUGUGUGUGUGUGUGUGUGUGUGUGUGUGUGUGUGUGUGUGUGUGUGUGUGUGUGUGUGUGUGUGUGUGUGUGUGGAGAUUGAAAGGAGUGUAUUUUUAUCUCAAAUGAGAAUCUUCCCCCUUCUCCUCUCUAUAUCUUCAAUUCCCUGCUGCUUUCUCUUCAUCCCCAUUCUCCCAUUUCAUCACCACACGCGCACACACGUGCACAUACAAACACACAUCACUAGGUUUUGGAGCUGAAUUGGAUACCCAGGCAAAAUGAACAACAGAUGAUAUAACGAGGGCAUGAAUUUAAUAACAUUGAUUCAGCGGGUGCCAAUGUUUUCUUUGAUGUCAAGUUCAAAGCGUUAUUAAAUUUGACAGACAAAGCAUGAGGCACAAGCUGAAAAACAAAUCCCGUGAAACGCACCCAUGUGUUCAUUAUUGUGGGCUUGUUUAAAAGGAGACUUUUAUGACCGGACGUGAAGAAUAUGAAGACUAUGACUGUAAUAUCAUGCUGUACAUGUGGUUGUGUAUCUGUGCAUGUUUCGUCUGUCUGGUGAACAGAAAGCCAACUCCUGACACUGAGAGGCAAAGCAGGCAUCCUGUCUGAACUGACAGAUCUAGAGCUAAUGUAGCCCCCAGAAUGCACUUCACACACACACACACACACAUACACACACAGCUGAAAGCGUGCCCCAGGAGCCGGUGAAGAUUGAAAAGCCUCACAAAUUUGCCAGCCUGACAUCUAAAAAGCAGAGAUGGGCAGGCUAGCAAUUCCCCUCAGCAGAGCCGAUGUUUAUUCAAGCCUAAUGCACUGCUGCAUUAUUUUAGUUUCUUCCCCCUCAGAGCCGCCCGCUGUUUAUUUAGAGAGUAAUUCUCUUAUGAUCACAGCAGCAGUGUGUCACCUCCACUGUGCAGAUGUUAAAAGUAAUGACAGACAUUCCAGAUCAUGGUAUAUAUUGAAGUACAUUAUGUAUAUAAAUAAAUGUAAAAUCUGUAUGUAGUCUUAUUGAAGUAUGCUGUACAUUUUACAUUGCACAGUAAAUAAACCAUGUGUUGUCUUUUUUGUACCAUGAAUUCAGAUGAAGCGAUGAAAUAAAACAAGGGUUGGUGAGGAAUGGUACAGCUGCUCAUCCUCUCUCUUUGUACCAGAAAAUUUCACCUCCUCUUUUACAAUAUAAAUUAUGUAUGUACAAUAUAAGCUUCUGUAAUAUGCUGUUGUCAGUCUUUUAUACAUUAAAGUCAAUAUGUGAUUUAA